AUGGACUGGGAGCAGGCUCCUGCAGUGAAGUCCUGGGCAAUGCUGCUGAAGGUGGAUGUAGUGGAUUUCAAUGGUGCUGGCCGCAUUCAGGCAGAUGCCAGGUGGGGCUGCCCUGAGUGGGGCAGCAGCGCUGUCUGGGGCAAUGGCUGCGUGUGCAGACAGCUCCGUGCUGGCCAGGAGGCUGCUGGGGGCCCCAGGACACGCAGGGCAGAAACGCAUGGAAUCUCAUUUAGAAUUCAAAUCAGUGUGAAAGAAGUGCUGGAUACAGAUGUACUUUUAAAGCUGUUAUUUCAUUUACCAGUCAAUUACCCAUCAACCGUACCAGAUAUUUCUGUUACCUCAGAGCAGCUUACAAGGGCCCAGUGUAUGGAUGUGAGAGAGAAAUUACUUGAAGAAGCCAAGAAGCAUCUUUCUGAGCCCAUGGUACACGAUCUGAUCCUUUGGGUACAGCAGCAUCUUAAAGAUGUCAUUAAACAAUCGGCAACAGUUUUCAAUGAAAAACCUACUUUGUCAAAAGUAACAGAAGAUGGUAUCUGGAUGCUCCUUUUGAAUUUAGAUCACAUGAGAGCAAAAGCAAAAUAUGUGAAAACUGUGGAAAAAUGGGCUUCAGAUCUAAGGCUGACUGGAAGACUGAUGUUCAUGGGCAAGAUAAUAUUGAUUCUUCUUCAGGGUGACAGGAACAGCAUUAAGGAGUACUUGAUUCUUCAGAAAACUUCUAAGGUAGAUGUGGACUCAAGUGGAAAGAAAUGCAAAGAGAAAAUGAUGAGAGUACUGUGUGAGACAGAACUACAAUCCCAGCAUAAAAGGUUUCAGACGUUUGAAGUCAAAGAAUAUUCAGCACCGGAGGAGUUACAAAAGGAAUUUGAAACUGCAGGACUUAAAACUCUUUUCUCUGAGUUUGUGUCUCCUCUCUUAAAGUAAAAGAAACCACUGGACCUCUGACCAAAGCAGUGGUUGACUGCAGAUGCUGAUGGAAGAUAAAAGGACUAAUGUGGCAAAACAAUCUUGAAGCUUUUCUGCAAGAAAUACCGGUAGUAGUCCUCCUUUUGCAAGAAAAAGGCAAUUAAUACAUUAAGAACUGAUACUUUUUUGACAUUCAUGUCAAAAAACAAUGUGAUGUUGAUUGUUAUAAUUGCAUGGCAAGCAUGAGACAGGGAAGAAAUAAUGAUAAAAAAAUAGUCUUCUAGUCAGACUCUGUUUUAUAGUCCCUGUUUUUCAAUGCUCUGUUUCCUCUCUCUCAUGGUAGAAUUUGUCAAUAAUGGCUUGUUAGAACACGAUUAAUUUUGCUUUGGAAGACUGUAUGAAGAUAUUUCCAUAAAAACAUAGCAAACACACAUUUAAAUAUGUGAGGACAGCAUAUAAUUAAUGUCCCUUAGGAGUUCAUAUGCUAAUUUUUCAUUCUCCCUUUAAUUGAUUACAAAUACUAGAUAGUUGAUUUGAAUAAAAAGCUCAUGUCACUUGAGGCCUGAAAAAAACUUAGAAGUGUCUUUUUGAAUAUUAGUUUUUAUUCUAAAAUUUAUAAAAACACCCACAUGGAGGAUAUAAAUUGAUAAAAAGCUGAGGUAGAGCUAGUUGUAAUAUUUUCUUUGAUUGUUUACAGAUGUCUUUUUGCACUUUAUGUAGUUUUACUGUCUGUGCAACUUCAGAUAUCUUGAUUCAAUUAAACUGUUAGAGCAGUAUAUAUGCAGACUUUAGUCUUCCAUCUUUCAAAGCUUCUGCCAAGUUGUUUUUGUUUGUUUAUUUGGGUUUUUUUGGGUUGGUCACUGGCCUUAGCCAACCUGUAAUUUUUUUAUCAGUAGUUUGUGUUUUAUAUCUGUAUUAAUGUUACAAAUUGCAUGCAUACUUUUAUGAAUUGUGCAAGUUCUGUUUACCUAGGGAGGAUAGGAUACUUAUUUAUUAUGAUUAUUAACGUGUAUCCUUUGGUUUCUAUUUUACCUGAAACCAUUCUUUAACAAGACUAGAUAAAUUAUCCAGUAAUAAAAAUUUUGCAAUCGUGAUUUUCUUAGUAGCUGGCACUGCCAUUUGCCAUUUCAAUUGGCUUUAGCAUGUAGCUAAACAUGUGCUUUACUGCUCUCUAAAAUUCAGUCUCAGAAGCCAAAUGUCUCAUGUAUUCUGUAAUUAAACAGAUUUGAUCAAUUCAGUAUAAACUAAUUUAUUUCCAUUGUUCUGGGGCAAGACCAAUACUAUUUGUUUAGUUCUGAAA